AUGUCAGUGAAUCAUCCCCGGACAAAAAAAACAGAUGUUAAAAAAGUAUCAAUGAAUACUAUGAGACAAUUAUUUGGUUUUGAUUUUACUGAUUUUCAAUCAUGGAAUUCUUUUUUAAAAUUAAUGAAUCGUCCAGAAGAUCCAAGUUCUCUAGCUGUAUUAAGAAUUUUGUUCGGCAUUCUUAUGGUGCUUGAUAUUCCUCAAGAGCGUGGAAUGUCUCAUGCUGAUAUUUAUUAUCCAAAUGAGGAUAUUGAAUGUCAAUUUCCAUUAUUCAAUUUUUUGAAACCAUUAAGAUCCGAAUAUAUGGUACUUAUUUAUUUAACAAUGUUUAUAGGAGCUGUUGGCAUUACUCUUGGUCUAUUCUAUCGUUUAUCAACAAUAUUAUUUACAAUUUCAUAUUGGUACAUAUUUUUAUUGGAUAAAACAUCAUGGAAUAAUCAUUCCUAUUUAUACGGUUUGAUUGGUUUUCAAUUAAUAUUAUUCGAUGCUCAUAGAUUUUGGUCAUUAGACGGAUUAUUUAAAAAAAAAAUACGUGAUUCACACGUACCGUUAUGGAAUUAUACACUUAUUCGUUUUCAGAUUUUUGUUGUGUAUUUUAUUGCUGGAUUAAAAAAAACCGAUUUAGAUUGGGUAACCGGUUAUUCGAUGGAUACAUUAGGAAAACAUUGGAUUUUUUUACCAUUUCGAUCAUUUAUGACUAUUGAACAAAUAACCUUAAUACUUGUUCAUAUUUGUGGUCUAAUACUUGAUUUAUUUAUUGGUUUUAUUUUAUUUUUUGAUCGAUCACGUCCAAUAGGAAUAUUGUUUUGUUCUUCAUUUCAUUUAAUGAAUUCACAAUUAUUUAGUAUCGGUAUGUUUCCGUAUACAAUGCUCGCUACAAUACCAAUAUUUUUUCAUAAUGAUUGGCCAAGAAAAUUUAUAAGAAAUAAAUUUCCAAAAUUUAUUUCUUUAUUAUUUGUUAAAAAUGAUACGCCUCAAUAUAGUGAAGCAUGUUUAUAUUCAAAAGAUGAUAUCAAAGUAGAAGAUCAAACAAAUACACGAUUAAAACCAUCAAUUAUUACCCGUUCUAUGAAAUAUGCACAUACAAAAGCAACGUUUCGUCAUAAAUUUUUUACAAUAAUUUCAAUAUUAUAUUUAAUGGAACAAUCAUUUUUACCCUAUUCACAUUUUAUAACAAAAGUAAGUUUACAAAACAAAAAUGAUAAACAAAAACUUCACUAUUUAAAUCCAAAUAAAUGGUCAACAGCAAAACGUUGGAGUUCACAUGCCGAUAUGAUUGUACAAUAUGCUCAAUGUAUUGGAAAAAAAUUAAAUGAACAUGGUUAUGAUAAUGUUGAACUUAAAUUUGACAUAUGGCGAUCAAUGAAUGGUAGAUUUAAUCAACGACAAAUUGAUCCACGUAUUGAUCUAUUGAAUGAAGCAAAAUGGAGUGCAUUUAGUGAUACGUCUUGGUUAAAACCAUUAUUAACAAAUUUAUCUGAUUGGCGAACACGUAUGCAACAAAUUGAACAUGAUUUAUCAAAUAAAAGUCAAAAUGUACUAGUGACAUUUGUUGCUGAUUUUCCAGAUUUACAUUUGGAAAAUUUUAUUCCAUAUGAUUUAAAUACGACAAUUGAAGUUUUAGAAGGAAAAGUAAUAGUGGAAUAUUUAAAAGAGAAGAAAAAUGUUACAUUAAAUGUUGGUGAAAAAGCAAGUGUACCUAAUGGUGAUUAUCAUAACGUUUAUACAAUUUCUCCAAAUCCAUCAUGUUACAUGUACGUUUAUAUUAAUCAAUCGGAUGUAGAAAUGUUUACACUAUGGGAUAAAUAUCAUAAUAUAAGUGACAAAUUACUCAACGACACAAUUGACAAAAAUAGACUACAUUAUCCCGAAAUGGAAGAGGUCGAUCUGGUUCGAUUAACAUAUGAAAAUAUGUCGAAACAAAUUCAUAAUAAAUCAUUUGAUGAAUUAUUGAAUUUAUCCAAAGAUCAAUUAUUAAUAAAUAACAAAACAAAUUGGGCAACUAUAAGUUCAACCUUUGAGAAAAAUAUGAACAAAUCGAUUAGUAAACGUUUACAAUACAAAUUAAACUGGAAAGAAAAAACACAUAAACGUUUUAAAAUAUUCGUCAAUAAAAAAUCAACACAAUUUAAGCGAUGUUACCAUAUGGUUUUAUUCGCAUUAAGAAGUGUUUUUCUACAAGAGAAUUUUUUUCAAUUGGUACAAGAUAAAUUUUAUAAUGAUGGAGAUUCAAUGGAUCAUCAUGAAAUAGAAAUGGCAACAUUGAAACGGACUAAACAACGUGAUACAAAAAAGGCGAGAGGUGAUAAAUCAAAUCGUCGAGAUUCAACAAAAUCAUCAUCGAAGAAGAAGAAGAAUUGA